GGCGCCUCCGGUGAGUUAAUGGAGUUUUCAGAGCUGGCGCUCAGACUAUAGCACAUUAAGUGUCUUAUUAUUGUUAUUAUCAUUAUUAAUAUUAUUAUUACACCAGUGUAAGAGUUAGAAAAGCGCCUGACGAUGAGCACGACGUUGUUCUCAUGGUCGGAUAAAAUGCUGCAGCUUCUGCGCCGGAUGAACAACUUCCAUAUGCCAGGUUCUAGUUUAGAGAAAUGUCUGCGGUUCGAGGUGGCAGGUCAGCAGGUGGGGUGGAUCCAGCCGGGCAUGGCCUCAGUGCUGCAGCAUUACCCAGAGGUGUUCUGUACAGUAGGGGGCACUAUAGAGCUCUGCCCCAUGCUGGACUCGUAUGAGCUCAGGACCCAAGCUGUGGAGUCUGUGCUUCAGGCGCUCAGAGACCAGGCCGACUUCACGUGUCUAAAGGGGUGGAGAAAUGAGAAGUAUGCGGUGAUGCCGAGGUUCUGCGACGCUCCGCUGAUGCACAUGGAGAGAGCAGCGACAAGUCUGUUUGGAGUGAAGCGUUACGGCGUCCACAUUAACGGAUUCAGUCGAGACGGAGACGGGAAGCUGAGCAUGUGGCUGGGCAGGAGAUCCAACACUAAACAGACUUAUCCUGGAAAACUGGACAACCUGGCAGCGGGGGGUCUAGCGUCCGGCUGCAGUGUUAAACACACACUAGUGAAAGAGUGUGAGGAGGAAGCGUGCAUCCCUCCAUCACUGGCGCAGAGAGCACAACCUGUAGGAACCAUCAGCUACACGUACGAGGAUGACGAGGGUGUGUUCCCCGAGUGCCAGUUCAUCUUCGAUUUGGAGCUCCCGAGAGAUUUCAAGCCUCAGAUCGGAGACGGAGAAGUGCAGGAGUUUUAUUAUUACCCCAUCAACAAGGUGAAGGAACUAAUCGUAAGUGAUGAUUUUAAGCCAAAUUGUGCCCUGGUGGUGCUGGAUUUCCUCAUCAGACACUCGGUCAUAGAACCAGACUCAGAGCCGUAUUAUCAGGAGUUUGUCUCCGGGCUGCACAGAUCGUUAUAGAGUCGACGCCCCAGUGUGUGACAUCAUCCUCACACGAGUCACGUUACACAACCUUUAUUUUCCAUCUGCUUUUGUAUGCAAAAUGUUGUC